GUCUUUGUUAUUUAGCUUGGUUACACGCUUUUCUCUCAGAGUUGAGCAUCUUCUUAUUAUUGAACAGCUCACUUCCGUGUUUUCUGUAACAUAACGGAUCCACUCAUCUUCCACAAAACAAACCAAGUAUCAAGUAAGUAACAUAAAUAUACCACUCUUUUGAUGUCUAAUUUAACAGUAAGAUUAUUUAGAAGGAACAGUGUAAGCGUUUCAGCUAUACAUGAGCACCAAGUUAGCGAGCUGGAAGGUUAGCUCGUUUUCAUCAUGUAUAAACAAACAGCGUCAGUUAUCCUUAGCUAACUUCUAUUUUUUGGACCAAAAGAAGAUCGCCAAAAUCUUGUAUUUGCCCAGAUUUAUCACUGGCUUUUUUGCUUAAUGAUCUCUGUAUUCUGACUUAUGCCAAUAUGAAAUGAGGACGACCUGUUCACAGCUGGCCUGUUGUAACGUGGAGCCGCUAUAUGUAAGGUUUGGGUCGCUGACAGCAGGUUAAUAUCCAGUAAAAUCUUAAAUUAAGGGACUGGCUGACUCAAAUAGUCAUGUAACACUGUAUGUUUCAACAGUGUGAUAAAUCUUACGUUUGGCCAUCCCAUUAACAUUGUGAGGAGUAACCAUAUGGUGUUCAAAGAAUGAACAUGUCUAAUAUCGUUUAAACUUCUUGCAAGAUUUUUGUUUCCAACUUAUUAUUUCCAGAUUUGAAUCUAAUUGUUCUGAUUCCGGUCACGGAUCUGCCGGGUUUCCUGUCGAUUUCACAUGAUGUCUUAAACUGUAAUAAUGGGGUUAAUCAUGGUGAUAAUCACGAGGUUUUUGUUGCUCCGCCCAGUCAUCAGCCCUCACUUACAUGCACUGUAAACAAUAUUGUCCAGGGUGAACAGAUAUUAUUGUUGUUUUUAGUUAAAAUAAUAAGUUAUUUUAUUUGUAUAAUACAUUUUAAAACAUCAAUAGUCGAUCUAAUGUGCUUCGCAGCAGUUUCAGGCACUUAGGAAUUGGCAGUCAUAAAUAAAUCAGCUGACUAAAUUGCAAUGUCUAUUGAUCUGCCUUACUUUAAAUUAAACUGAAAUAAGAUUAAAGACAUCAAAUCAAUUGUUAAACCUGCCAAAUAUAUUUUUAAAAUUACAAAUAUAUGCUCAUUUUUAAUUUUAGGUCAGAAAGUUGUGAGAGGAACAAUUGAACAGAUAAAAACUUGGUAAAUGCUAAUAAAAAUAAAUAAAUAAAUUAACAGCUGGAUGAACAUGUCCAACUAAUGACGUAAUUUACAACAGGUUAGAAACAUGACUGGGUAUAAAUAGGACAUUCAGAGAGGCUGAGACUCUCAGAAGAAAAGAUGGGAAGAGAGACUUCUGAGACUGAGUGAGCUAAUAAUUCAACAGUUUCAGGAUAACAUUCCUGAGUGCAAAAUGUCAAAAAAAUGAGUGGAUUUCAUCAUCUACAGAACAUAAUGACAUUAAAAGAUUCAGAGAAUCUGGAGAAAUGAAAAGGGGCAAGGACCAAAACUGUACUGGGAGGUCCGGAUCUUCAGGUGUCUGGACUUCAGACUGCUCUGGACCUGAGCCCCUUUAAAAUUUACUGAGGGAAGGUAAAAAUUGUUUUGUAGUCUGAUUAAUCUAAAUUUGGCACUCUUUUUGGAAAUCAUGGACAUGACAUGAUCUGCUCUAAAGAGUCGAGGGACCGCCCAGCUUGUUAUCAGCUCCCAGUUCAAAGCCAGCAUCUCCGAUGGUACGGGGAUCGUAAGUGUGAUAUCGAUCAUCAACAGACCUGCUCUCUUGUUAUUGGCCUCUGAAAAACCGCAAGUAGUCAACCUCUAAUACAAAAAAUGACUUUUUUCAGUGGAGACCUUCAUAUUUACGCAAGACAAUGCCAAACCAUGUUCUGCAGGGAUAACAACAGCAUGGCUCUGUAGUAGAAGAGUCUCUGUGCCUUUUUCAGGGUAGACUUGAUUGCACUUUGAAUGGGGAGAUUACUUUAUAACUUUUAUAUAACUUUGUGUGUUGUAGGUGUUGCCUCUGAGAUGGCUAUGGUAAAGAGUGGAUGGCUACAUAGACAGAGUGAGUACAUUCACAGAUAUCACGACAUAUAAACUGUUAAACUGUUGUUAUUUUUGCAUUUCCUGACAAACUUUUAUUUAGAUUUUAAAAUCUAAGGUCAUUUCAUGUUCUAAAACAUCUUUGUAGAGGCUCUUAAUUUCAAAGAUGGCAUUUUGAGGCAUGUAUGAAAAUUUACUCAGCGCCAUGCUUUAUAACUAGCUUUGACUUUUUAAAAAUUCUUGUUUUGUUGAUUUGCUUGUUUACUCAACAAAUAACUUACAUUCCAGCAGCAUAAAUGGUGAGUAUUACAUUUGAUUCAUAAACUGUGAACAGAAGAGAGACGGAGAAGAAGAGGAAGAAAUGAAAGCUGAAUUUAAAAUGAAAAAUGAAUUUUUGACAGAGGCAGAUAUGAGGUGACUGGUUUUAAUCUUCGGAUGUGUGAUCAAAUACCAUUUACUACACCUUUUGUUCUGCUGUGCAACAGUGGUAUAAAUUUCUCUGUUUUUGGGUCUAAGAAAGUCUUGAAGUUAAAGUCUGCAGCCGCCCUGUGACUGAUGGGGGCGUGUGUUUGUCUCAGGCACCAUUCUGCGUCGCUGGAAAAAAAACUGGUUUGACUUGUGGGCUGAUGGACGACUCGUCUUCUACAAUGAUCAACAGAGGCGUGACAUGGAGGACGACAUCCACAUGAGGGUCGACUGCAUUAACAUCCGCAACUCUGCCGCGUGUCAAGGUACAUGUGACCUGUGGCUACAUGAUGAUGUCACAGUUUAACCAGGUUGUCUUCACGUCUUUAAACUCGUCUCCUCUCUGUCUGUCCUCUCAGAGCUGAACCCUCCGGAGGGGAAGUCACGUGACGCUCUGCUGCAGAUUGUGUGCAGAGACGGACGAGUGAUCAGCCUGUGUGCAGACAGUGCUGAUGAUGCUCUGUAAGAUAAUAAGACACACACAGUAUUUCAUCCCAGGUUUAUUGUUAUUUGCUAAUCAUUGAUAAUCUCAGUGCAUCUUCAGAAAUAAAUUAUUCUAAGACACAGUUUCAUCUUUGUGUUGUAGAGCAUGGACCAUGGCCCUGCAGGAUGCAAGAGUGAAUAUGGUGAGCUUUUGCUACAUCUUGUUUGUUUUUACGGAUAAAAAAUGGCUUCCUAUAUGAUUUAUAUAUGAUGUUUUUUUUAUUCUUUUAGGUUGUAGCUACUCCACAGAUCGGCUUUGCUCAGGAAGCAAUGGCCUCUGCUCCUCCUCCCUACUCAGAAUAUCCCCCAACUCAGGUAAACAACAGAAGUUUGACUCCUGAUCAGUUUGAUCAUACAAAAAGAUCAAACAAACAAACAUAAAAGUUUUAAAGUAAUCUCCCCUUUCAAAGUGCAAUCAAGUACACCCUGAAAAAGGCACAGAGACUCUUCUACUACAGAGUCAUGCUGUUGUUAUCCCUGCAGAAUGUGGGUUGGCAUAGUCUUGCUUAAAUAUGAAUGAGUCCUCUGAAAAUCUUCAAGAAGCUUUAUUCCUUACACUAUAUAGUAUUGAAAUCCUGCUGACAUUCAUCAGAGUUUUGUCUUUUUGUCACUCUCCAGCAGGUUUAUGCUCCUGGCCCAUAUGGAGAAUACGUUCCAUCUCCACCACAAGCCACACAGAUCAUGUAUUCUGCUGACGGACAGCCCUACGCUGUGGCUUAUCCCUACCAGUAUCAAGGUAAAUGUCAGCACCUUUAUAUGUAUUGAUUAAAAAUCACCAUGAUGAAUGAAUGAUCAUACUCAGUCCUUUGUGAGAGGAAGCAGACAGCCUCAAAUCUUAAACACUUUGUUGGGUGUUAAAUCUUCAUUUUAAUUGUAUCCAACCAAGAAUCAGAGCAUGAGUUCGGCUGUAGGUGCUGUCAGACAGCCAUAAGAGCAGAAGGAGGCAGCUGUAAUAAAGCUGUAAAUCAGCUUUACCCCAUUCUACAUUUCUCUUAAUAAAAGUGUACUGAUUCCCUCCCUUCACUGUUUCGCUGCUCUGUUCGGAGCUUUUACUCCUCUCUCAUACUCAAACUAUUCUCCUCCCAGCUCAAGUAUCAGCCCAUGUUAGCUGAGCAUGCUGUGAGCUAAAUACAGUGUUAAUACCUGCAUGUUAAUUGUUGACAGUAACUGCUCACACAUUGUUGUUAAGUAGGUCAUUGUAAAGUUCACCAUUGCAGUGUGGCAUGCUUGCAUCAGCUUAAAAAGCUUUGGAGUGAAAGUACAGCUGGAGUUGUGUGAAUAACAUUAAUUUUGCAGCAACUCUGCAAAUAUUUGACCCUUUCAUUCUUUGUAAUUCUUGCUGUCUUACACUUUUCCAAUUCACACUUUACUGUGGUAAAAUUUCCCCACAAAAAGAAGGGAAAAAAAAUAAUUUAGACAAGACAAACUGAUCAGAUUUAAACUUCACGUUGACACCUUGCUGUUGUUGUGGUCUUUGUCUUUAGGUGGCUACGCUGCUCCUGGAGUGAACCAUAUGGUGAUCAGGGAGCGUCAGCGUGAGGAUGGAGGAGACGUGGCGUUGGGGAUGCUUGCUGGAGCAGCGACCGGUUUGGCACUGGGCUCUCUCUUCUCUGUCUUCUAAUAUUUAUUCAGUACUUUGUCUGCGUGCGUGUGUGUAUGUUUGUGUGUGUGCGUGCAAUGUUUGGCUUCCUCUCUGUGCUGUCACAUGAGACGGAGUGAAAUGGUGUCUUUUGGGCGACUUCCAUCUAUGAAGCAUGAUUGUGAUGAGCAGUGGAUUACUCCCUUUGUCUCCUAUAUACUGAUAUUUACGGUACAUACAGUUAGCGCUUCUCAUAAGCCACGCCUCCUUUGUGUUGUCUGACUGUUUUUAACUGAAAACACGACUACUACUCACUUUAAUGACAGAAAAAAACACCAAACUCCUUUGCCUGCUCUCCAGCUCCUGCAAAUUUCUCUCCUGGUGUUUUUAAAAAUUAUUUUACUUAUUUUAUGUCGAUGUUUGUACUGUAACUUUACUUGUGUUAUGUAAUUUAUUUGUCUGUUUUGAAAAUGAAGUGUUUCUUCAGCUCCUCAGGUUAUUUCUGUUAAGGCAGGCUUCAAUAAGAGUGAACAAUAUGAUAAACCCUUUCAACAUUUAGCCAGCAGCAACUUCAACUUGUAUGGAACUGAGAAACAGAUAUUUUCAACUUGAUUAUGGAUAUGAAGGAAUCAUUGAACCAAUGUAAUGGUUAUAAAUAAAAUAUCUACAUUCAUAUUUUAAUAAAUUAAAGGGAUUAUGACUAUUAGAUAAGAUAUUUCAACAUUUCAGUUAUAUGUGAGGGAUUAUCUUGAUUUCCACCCAAAGUAACAUAUUUAUUUUGGAUACGUAGGCAAGUUUAUGAUAAUACCUGCAAGACUUGAAAAUCCUUUUAUGAAUCUCUAGAUGCCAAAUUGCUAGAAGGGAAAAGAAAAAACGCUGUAGGUCCAUAUAAAUUAAUCGAUAAGAGCACGAACAUACCAGUGCCUAUCAAAAAAUAAAUAAAUAAUAUAUAAUAGAAUAUCGCAAAAAGGCCCUAUUUUGGAUUAACUGGCUCUAUUUGGGUCUUUAGGAUGAACUCAAAAUGAAAUAUUGCAUCAUUUUUAAAUCUGUUAUAUGCAAACUUUUGGAGCUCAAGGAUUACUGAAACUUAAAAACAUAUCUAAAACCUUUAAAUUUUGGUGAAUGAGUCUCGAUUAUGUUGAUUUUUUUACUUUCUAAAAUUACUGAUGGAAAAUAUUGAACCUUCAAAAACCCAGUAUAACUUUUGAUACACUGGCGUUUUAUACGGCAGAGAAUUAAUUUCACAUCGAGGAAUAAACCAUGAAGAUUUUUAGAAAACAGUUAUAAUUUUGCAUGAAUGAAGACUCUCAUUGAGAAAGAAGACGUGAUUCCUGGCUGGGGUUAGCCUAUGUUAGCUAAAACAGGAUAGGAGAUGAGCAGCGAACCUUAAAAUGAGUGAAGAUCAUCUGGUAAAGUUGAAGUCAACAGCUGGUAAUAAACAGCUGUUAUUGAGGCUGCCUGUCAGCUCGACAAACUCAAAAAUGUAUGACUUUGGUACUCAUUAAUAUCCUGCUUAAAUCUUGAAGUAUUUUUUUUCUGGAUGAGAGGUGGCCGUGAUACUAUGUCAUUAUUUCCAGCUGGUUCACAUUGUGUAUCACAAUCCUAAAAUCAAAUUUUUGCUGUUAAGUUUUACAUUUUACCAACUACAGGCUGACACACAAAUUGGAUUUUUUCCUCAGUAGCCACAAAUUGAAUUUAGACAUGAAAAUUUAAAGAAAAUCAAGAAAAAUACAUUUUGUUAGAUAUCAAAAAGGUUUUACGAAGAAUUAUUUUUUUUCUCAACUAACAGUUGUGUAAGUGUGAAUCAACAAUAAUAUCAAAGAGUCAGAGUUAUGUUGAUGAUCUUAUAAAUGAGUAGAUGUCAGGGGUGAAAUAACAUUUUGAUUAGUUUAGAAUAGAUUUUAGGUAUCUUUGGGUUGCCAGUAAAAAAUACAAAACAAUAAUUAUUAACUAACACAUCAAAUUCAAUCUGUAGAUACUGUAUUUUUAAUUGAGUUUGAGUGGACGUCAAUGGUAAAAAGGGACUUGUUUAAGUCAAAAAGAACAUUUUAGCUGUAAAGAAAUACAAUAUAAGUAGAUAUGUUUGAUUGAAAUUGCUGCAAAUUAUUUCAGGAAAAAAUAUUUAUGAGGUGCUUUGAGAACAAAUAACUGACCAAAGUGCUGGACAACCAAAACUAACAGCAGUUUCCAAAUGUUCUUAAAAGUGUUAAAAAAAACAAUAAAUGCACAGUUCAAAUAAAUACAAAACCAAGGUUAAUAAAGGCAGAGAUAAAAUCCAUCAAGGAAAUAGUGAUGGAGAAUUUUUGGUUCUGUUUUAGAGAAGAUUUGAUAAUAUCUCCAGUUUAUGUAUCUGUAAACUUGGUAGAUUAACUUUUUGAAAACAUCUGUGAAAAUGUAGUUUCUCCUCCAGCUGGUUCAAUGUUGAAGGGCUGAUCAUGUGCACACACACAUAAAGCAAUAAUAACUCAUAUUGUAGCACUCUGAGGAGUCUGGAUGAAUGAACCAAUGUUUGAAGUUAAAGUUCCACGUUUGAGGAAGCAGUGAUGUGUGAUGUGCAUUAACGUGAAAAGGGACAUCUCCCUCCUCUCUGAAACUUGUGCAUGCUUUAUUUAAGGUCAUUAUUUCACGGGCAGCUUUUAAAUCAGUCUUUGAAUUAGUUUAAAAUAUGUUAAAUUUUUUUUAAAUUUCUUUUAUUUGUGUGUUUGGAUUUGGUGCAGCACAAACUCUCACCAACGUCUUCAUUACCUGUUUUUAUAGGCUUUCAAAAAGCCUGGACUUAGAUUUCAACACCACCAGACUGGUAUUAUGUCGUUCUCUCUCUAGUCUCUUCAUAAAAUCUAUUCCUGCUAAAAGAUAUGGAGUCCCCUCUCCAGUGUCCGCUGAAAAAAGAAAAUGUAUAAAGCUUAAGUAUUCGGUUUCAGGAUCCACAAGCAAAGUUUUCAAUCAGUGACUGCAGACGCUUUUCCGUUGGUUUGCACCUGUGGGCAUUUGAUCCUAAACCCUGGGGGUGGAUUUGUGAACUCUGGAAAUAGAUUCUUAAAGCCUGGACACAUUUUUAAACCGAGUAAAAAGUUUUGUGAAGUCUGGGCUCAGUGUUGUGAACGUAGGUAGCAAAACUGAGAAUAUUUCGUGAAGCAUAGGCAUCUCAUGUUAAACCCAAAAGACAGAACUGUAAACUGUGGGCAUGUUUUCCAAAACUGUAAGACCAGUUAAAACGCCUAAGCUGUGGGCAAAGUUUCAAAAACCAUCAAAACAUUUGUAAAUUGUGAGCAUGAUUUGGGGGGGAAACAAACUUAGCUGUGGAAAAGGUUCAAGACACAAAAGAACAGAUUUAUCUGUAGUCAUGGUUUGAAAACAUGCGAGAACAGAAUUUAAACUGUAGACACAGUUUUAGUUCACCUUAGUUAAGUGAAAAAUUAGGACAUUGUGAAACUGUAGGCAAAGUUUCAAAUGCAAAAGUACAGUUUUUUUUUUCCUCAGAUGUGUUUUCGAAACAUUAAUGUACUCUGGCCAUGGUUUCAAAAUCUGUAAACUGUGGGCAUAGUUUUGUAAAACAUACAACUUACUUUUGAAUUGUGGUUAUGAUUCCUGAACUGUUGGCAUAUUUUAGUUAACUGCUGGAAAAAAUUUGUAAACUGUUAAAACAGUUUUAUAAAAUAUGGGAACGGAGCGAUAAACUGUGGGCACAGUGACAUGACCCAUGAAGAAGGAUUUGGUAACUGUUGGCAGGGUUUUGAAGCUGGAGCUCAGAAUUUGUGAUCUAUGGAAACAGACUUUGGCAGGACUUUUACGAAGUUUUUACGAUGUGGUUUCACCAGUUUUCUCUGAAGAAACUGUGCUCAUGAAUCCAUGCCUUCAGAUUGGAAUUUAGCAGCCAUGUACUAUCAGGAGGGGGGCUCCAUAGCAACAGCGACUUCAGCUCAAUAGAAACCAGUUUUGAUCUGCUUGAACCUCAUUACUAAAGACACUAAUAUGACACCAAUAUAUCCUAAUUAUUUAAAUUGAGCACAUUAUCAGCUUGUGUGAGCAGCGUAACAUAUGAUGUCAUUUUCUACAGGUCUUGAACUAUUUAAAGAUGUGAAAUGAUCCUGGUAUAUUCCUCUUAAUCAAAUGACUGAUAAUGUAACGAGCUACACUGCAUUUCAAAUGAAAAUAUAACUAAGAGAUGUAUUUUAACAAUUAAUAAAUGUAUUCACAAGCAAAG